AUGCAACGGCUCAACGAGUUCAUAAAUCUUGCAAAGGAGCAAGUCUCUCAAGGUGUCAACGAGAGACGGACCUCUAUCAUGGAGCGAAUUGUUGAGGAAACGGAGGAUUUCAACAAGCCCGCCGAGUUCGAAAACUUGACCAUCACCGUUACUGAAGAUAAAGAAAAAGCAAAAAGAGUAUUGGAGAAAUUUGAAAAGCACCCAACAGUGCCAAUUUAUUUUGACAGUGAGCAUUCGUACAUCCGUCUAAAAAACGACACGAAAGUUGCUGCAAUUCAACUGUAUGACUCUUGCACGAGGCACGUGUUGGUUUGGCGACUCCACAACGCUGACCACGAGUACCUGAAAGGCGUUCGAGAACAACUUGAAUUACUGUCAAAGGCUCGAAUGUUUGCAACGUUCGGAAAAGAGGAGUUUCUUGAGAACGCAAUCAAGUAUGUUACAAAGGAUUUGCAAGUUAAUCAAAAGUCGUUAGAAGCUUUGCUUCUCAAAAAGGAAAUUGUAAUUACGAAGUGGGAAACCUUCUCAGACUGGACAAGGCCCGUUUUACGGCCAAGUCAAGAAAGAUACGCCGUUUAUGACGUCAUUCGGCUGUUUGAUCUAGAUCAAUAA